AGCCGUCGACUCUCUUCUGUCUGUCCUGUAGUAGAAGUAAUCCAAGUCCCAGGCAGCUCCCAGCAGAACCAAAUUUGUGGGGCUCUUUUGGCAACUCUACCAAAAAAAACCGUUCUCGAACCCCACCACAGUCUGCGCAGCGCACAAAAUCUCAAUUAUCCCGACCGACAUCGAAGCAGACCACGUCCAGCGACAGCGCAAUCCAGCAGCCAAAGAGACACCCCAGCCCGUUUUCGCAGUAGACCCAGCCAACCGAGAAAGAGUCUGCCCAGCAUGGCGCCGUCCUAUGAGACUCUGCGCGACGAGAACCUCGACGAGGAGGAUUUCGACUACGACGAGGUUGAUGUGUCGGAUCUCAAGGAGAAAUAUGAGGUCCAGCUCGAGCAGGGCUACGACACCUUUGUCGUCAUCGACGGCCUUCCCGAGGUCACCGAGGAGCAGAAGCCCAAGCUCGUCAAGUUCUUGUUGAAGAAGCUCAACACGGUCGGCAAGACCAGCGAGGAUGCCAUCUUCAUGCCCUUUGGUGACCAUGGCAAGUCGUUGCGCUUUGCCUUUGUCGAGUACUCAUCGCCCGCCGAGGCCGCCGCAGCCGUGCGCCAGCUCGACUACUCCCCUCUCGACAAGAAGCACACUCUGCGCGUCAACAAGCUGACCGACAUCGACCGCUAUGGCCGUGAGGGUCGCAUCGAUGAGGAGUACACUCCCCCCACCAUCGAGCCUUUCCAAGAAAAGGAGCACCUCCGCUCCUUCAUGGCCGACCCCUCGGGCCGCGGCAGAGAUCAGUUCGUCAUGUACAGGGGAGACACGGUCGGUGUGUUUUGGAACAACGAAAAGGACCAGCCCGAGAACAUUGUCGACCGCCCACACUGGACCGAGACCUUUGUGCAAUGGUCGCCCCUGGGCACAUAUCUCACCUCAGUUCACCAGCAGGGUGUUCAGCUCUGGGGUGGUGCCUCCUGGACGAGAAUCAGGCGUUUUGCCCAUCCCUUCGUUAACCUCGUUGCCUUCUCGCCCAACGAAAACUACCUGGUUACGUGGUCCAACAGGCCUAUUUCCAUUCCUGAUGAGGGCCACCCCCAGCUGUCUAUCGACGAUGAUGGAAAGAACUAUGUGAUCUGGGACAUCGAGACCGGCAAGCCCAUCCGUUCUUUUGCCCAACAGGACACACCCGCCGGACCCGAUGGUGAGGCCAAGAAGCCCGCCAAGUUCCCCUGGCCGGCGUUCAAGUGGUCUGCCGAUGACAAGUACGUCGCCAGACUGAACCAGGGAACAUCCAUCUCUGUGUACGAGCUUCCCAGGAUGAACCUCCUCGACAAGACCACCGUGAAGCUUGACGGCGUGGUGGACUUUGACUGGGCGCCCGCGACCGUGAAGAGAGAAGGUGUGAAGGAGUAUGAGCAGCUUUUCUGCUUCUGGACCCCCGAGAUUGGCAGCAACCCCGCCAGAGUCGGUCUCAUGAGCAUUCCCUCCAAGCAGGUCGUCAGAUCGCUCAACCUCUUCAGUGUUUCCGAUGCCAAACUUCACUGGCAGUCAGAGGGUGCCUACCUCUGCGUUAAGGUUGACAGGCAUUCCAAGUCCAAGAAGUCCCAGGCCACCACUCUGGAGAUUUUCCGCAUCAAGGAGAAGGGUGUCCCCGUCGAGGUUGUCGACACCAUCAAGGACACAGUCAUCAACUUUGCGUGGGAGCCCAAGGGUGACAGAUUCGUCACCAUCACGACGACUGAGCCCGUUGGCGCCACCGCUGUUCCCCCCAAGACGUCUGUUGCCUUCUUCUGCCCCGAAAAGGCCAAAGGGAACGCUGUUGGUAACUUCAAGCACCUCCGGACGCUCGAGAAGAAGAACAGCAACGCCAUCUACUGGUCGCCAAAGGGCAGAUUCGUCGUUGUGGCCACCGUCCACAACACGCAGAGCUCGGAUCUCCACUUCUACGAUCUCGACUUCGAGGGCGAGAAGCCAGAGUCGGACAAGGACCUGACUGCCAACUUGCAGCUUAUGAACACUGCUGACCACUAUGGCGUCACCGACGUGGAGUGGGACCCCUCUGGACGUUACGUUGCCACCUGGGCCUCUGCCUGGAAGCACGCCAUGGAGAACGGAUACCACAUCUACGACUUCAGGGGUGAGCAGCUCCGUGAAGAGCCCAUUGAGAAGUUCAAGCAAUGGGCGUGGCGUCCCCGCCCGGCCACUCUCCUCAGCAAGGAGGAGCAGAAGCAGAUCCGCAAGAACCUCCGCGAGUACUCGAGAAUCUUUGAGCAAGAGGAUGCCGAGCGUAUCAGCAGCGCCGACGUGGCUGUCGUCCAGGAGAGACGCCGUCUGCUCGAGGACUGGUACAACUGGCGCGAGGUGGUGGAGGAGGAGGUUGCCGAGGAGCGUGCCGAGCUCGGCCUCCCCGCCGACCCUGUGGAGGAGCUCCUCAAGGCCAAGACGGCCGAGGUUGCGCCCAACGGUGAGGAGCAGGUCAUUGAGGAGAUCAUGGAGGAGGUGCUGGAGGAGACGGAGGAGAUUGUCAACUAG